AUGAAGAUGAUACCGACUUCUGCGCUUUUCCUUCUUUGGGCUUUUCUCGCACUUGGAAGAUGUUGGGAGCCUCCUGUGUUUUGCGGUACUUAUGAAUGUCCAGUCUACACUCUCAAAAAUGAAUAUGAGGAUUUUGUGGAGCGCUUCUAUAAUGCCACUCGGUGGAUUACAGCAGACAUCGCAGGCACUCAUGACGAUGACAUAAAAAAUGGGUUUUGGAAAGUUUAUAACUUCAUGAAUGGGGAGAAUAAAGAAGGAGUGACAAUUGCUAUGACGAGACCCGUGGUUGUGUCAAUGCUUGAGGGUGGUGAGAAUGGAAAUCAGACAUCAGUCUGGAUCUUCAUCCCCCCAGAAACUGUCCUCCCUGAACCCAAUGAUGAAAGCAUCAAGCACAAAGUCCUGCCCAGUGGCACAUUCUAUGUUCGGGUUUUCAGUGGUCAGGCAAGUUACAAAGAUGUCAUGGAGAACAGGAAAAUCUUGAAGGAGGCCCUCCUGGAUGCUGGAAAACAGUUCGAUGACAUGAGCUACAUGGCAGCUGCAUAUGAUGCUCCAUGGAUAUUUUGGAAAAGACACAAUGAAGUGUUGAUCCCAGCCGUCUGUGUCGAGGCUCCCAGACAGCUAUAA